ACUGCCGCUAUUAUCGAUAACAAACACUACUGCAUGUGUAAAGCACAUUUUGUUGACAAUACAAAUUGCAUUGCAAUUAGUUAGGAUUUCAUUGAUUAAAUGGUAACCAACAGCCAAGAGCGGGAGCGCGAGGCGCUGCCUUCUACAUCCGCCGUCACUGGGCUGCCACAGAAGCGCUACUAUCGCCAGCGCGCGCACUCCAAUCCCAUAGCCGAUCACAGCUUUGAUUAUCCUGCACGGCCCCAGGAUGUCGACUGGCGUGCACUGUAUCCCAAUAUAGACAGCGAACAGCAAGUGGAAUUUGCUGACAUUGGUUGCGGUUAUGGCGGCUUCUUGGUAACGCUUGGUGAAAUGUUCCCCCAAAAGUUUUCCAUUGGCAUGGAGAUACGUGUCAAGGUAUCUGACUAUGUUGUCGAUCGUAUUGCGGCACUCAGACUGAAAAGCAACGAGACCUCAGGAUAUCAAAACAUUGCUUGCAUACGCACGAAUGCGAUGAAAUAUUUACCCAACUAUUUCAAGAAGGGGCAGCUGGAGAAAAUGUUCUUCCUGUAUCCCGAUCCGCAUUUCAAGCGUGCUAAGCACAAGUGGCGUAUCAUCAAUCAGGCGCUGCUCUCCGAGUAUGCCUAUGUGCUACGCAGUGGCGGUCUGGUCUACACAAUGACGGAUGUGGAGGAUCUGCACAAGUGGAUUGUCUCACACAUGACACAACAUCCGCUGUACGAGCGAUUGAGCGAAACUGAAGCUAACGAAGAUCCCAUCACGCCCAAGCUAUAUCAGAGCAGCGAGGAGGGCGCUAAGGUGGUGCGUAACAAAGGCGAUCAUUUCUUGGCCAUAUUUCGCCGGCUCUAGUGCAACAGCAACAACAACAAAUAUAUAUGUAUAAUAAAUAAUAUAUAUAUAUGUAUAUAAAGUAUAUAUAUGUAUAUAUUUUAACAUAAAUAA